GCAGUUUUUUCUCCCUUUUUCAAAUGUAGUUUAGGAGUAGUGAGGUAGUUCGCUAGUUAGUUAGUUUUUUAUUUAUGUAUGUAUGUUGUUUUUAAUAACUUUUUUGUUUUAAGUAGUUUUCCUUUUGAAGAUUUACAUUUUAAAUUACUGCCAAAUGACAGAUAUAAUCUUUUCGGUCCGUGCAUUAGAUUGUGUUAUUUUAUUUCUUGUGAGGAUGUAUACAUGAAAUGACGAUUUGAACACGCAAGUGUUUUACUUUGGAAACGGUUUAAUCCCUCCUCAAAUUUUUUAAUUGAAGACCAAGAGCUGAUGACGGAUUUUUUUUCAAGCUGAAAUUCUAUUUAUGCGAUUUACAUAGGCGGGGAAUUUAAACUCAUAAUGGCUGACGGAAGCAAUUUGGUUGACGGAAUGAAAUUUAUACAAGAUCGUUUGUAUUUUUCCAUUUUGCAACAUAAACCUAAAAGUAACGCAGAGAGGCACUAUUUCUCCAUAGAUGACGAGCUCUCAUACGAAAACUUUUAUGCCGACUUUGGACCCCUUAAUUUAGCUAUGUUUUACCGUUAUUGUUGCAAAUUAAACAAAAAGCUUAAGUCCUUCACACUCUCAAAAAAGAAAAUUAUUCACUAUACCUGUGGAGACCAAAAGAAGCAAGCAAAUGCUGCUUAUCUCAUUUAUUCUUAUGCUGUUGUGUACCUAAAGAAAACUCCUGAAGAAGCUUAUACGCUGCUAACCUCUGAAAAGACAUCCUUCCUUGUAUUUAGAGAUGCUUCUUUUGGCACUUGCACCUACAAUCUAAGCAUCCUUGACUGUCUACAUGGCAUUAAUAAGGCUUUUCAGUAUGGCUGGUUAGACUUUAAUAACUUCGAUGUUGAAGAGUAUGAGCAUUACGAGAGAGCAGAAAAUGGAGAUUUUAACUGGAUAAUUCCUGGAAAAUUUUUAGCAUUCAGUGGACCCCACUCCAAAAGCAAAAUUGAAAAUGGUUAUCCUUUGCAUGCUCCAGAAGCUUACUUUCCCUACUUCAGGAAACACAACAUAACUACAGUAAUUCGAUUAAAUAAGAAAAUGUAUGAUGCCAAACGAUUUACUGAUCUUGGGUUUGAGCACCAUGAUCUUUUCUUCGUUGAUGGAAGCACACCAAGUGAUGCCAUUGUUAGGAAGUUUCUGAAUAUUUGUGAAAAUGCCGAAGGUGCUAUUGCAGUACAUUGCAAAGCUGGGCUUGGGCGGACAGGAACUCUUAUAGGAUGUUACAUGAUGAAACAUUAUAGGAUGACCACUGCUGAAACCAUUGCCUGGAUCAGAAUAUGUAGGCCAGGGUCUAUCAUUGGCCCUCAGCAAAACUUCUUGCAAGAGAAAGAGUCAAGUCUUUGGUCAGAUGGGGAUGUCUUUCGUGCAAAAAUGAAGCAGCAACAGAAGGGAACCAGCCGAGUUGCUGUAACUCGAAUAUUAUCUGGAGUUGAUGAUAUUUCAAUUAAUGAUAAUACAAACAGAACUAGUGGCAAACUGGAGAUUGAAUGGUAUGAUGUUGAGGAUGAAAGGAGUAGCAUUACUCAAGGGGAUAAACUACGUGCCUUGAAAAGCAAAAGACAAGCUAGAAUUUCAGCAGGGUCAUUAACAUCAGAAGAAAAUAAAAUCCAUACAAGAUCAUCUUCACAAUCAUUUAGAAUCAUUUUGCAAAGCAGUAAGUCUUCUACAUUUUCCGCUGGCAUGGGUAAAAGAACAAGAUUCAGCAAUGGCCUCAGCAACAAGGACAGCCAGUUGUUAAACCACAGACUAGCAAAGUCUCUAGGCAACUUGCAUGCAUUGGCUAAAGACCAGGAGUCAACCAAGAAUGAGGCAAAAUAUGGCAGUAAACAUUUAACCAAUUCAGCCAUCCAGAGGAGCAUCCUAAACAAAGUAAACUACACCUCACUGAGAUCUGCCACAGAGAACCUUCCGAACAUCUCUCGGCCAUUUCAGUUUUUAAGCCGCUCUUUUCCUCCUGCUUCUUCGGAGAGGGAGAAAGACCCGGCAUACUUUGCAUCAUAUGCGCUUAAUCAGAUUAUGUCCCUCCAUACCUAAAGCCAGGGCUCCACUGCUCCGUUGAAGCUGGAAAGAAGACUUGGAGUCUAUGAUUAAAAUGCACUUUUUCAGCGACAAGUUGGCUGUAUUGAAAUGGAAUAAGACAAUUUCAGUGUCUGUUUAUAUGACACAAAACAAAGACUGGACUGGGUUUAAUUCUUCUACCUAAGAUAACAACAGUAUUAAGACUGCACGGGCUGCAGUAGGGGACCAAAUGUGAAGGCAAUCAUUUACUGUAUUUAUAUUUUUAAUGGAGAUUGCAUCAUUUCUGAAAUGCCUGGACAAUUGUUGACCCGAGUGUGCAUAGGAUAAGGGGAUUUGCAUAUUGUUAUGCAGCUAAUAGCUUUAAAUUACAUUUUGCUUUAUGUAGGAGGCUAAAAUGUGAAAAAUGCAGUGAAGCUAUUUAUAUGUUAAAAAAAAAAAAAAAGUACCCCUGGAUGUGACAUCAGCGCUAUGUACUGAAACAACUGUUACAGUGUACAAUUGUUGCAGAGACUGAUAAAGAAAUGAGUUAAACUGUUCAUUUACACUAAUCCUGGAUAAUUAUGUAAUUCUUGUAAUUUUAUAUAUUUGGUACUUUUUCAUAUUUUUUUAAAGAGAUGUAAUUUUUUGGCAUUGUGAUUUUUACACUUGAAAUACUAGACCAUUGUAUUAUGUACAUAAAAUUUAUAUAUUCUCUGGAAUAUGUGCAUGUAUUAUAUAUAAAUAUACCAAAAAUGGUUUUCAUUUGUUUUCUAACCCAUAUAAUGCCUUGUUUAUACUUUAGUUACACAGUUAUUGAAUUAUUGGUAUAGGCUGUAAAUACCAAUAAAAUUCUAAACUCA